ACGGCUCGCUCAGCCUGACGCACACACACGCGCUCUGUGCUGCGGACUUUUCCCAUUUCCCUCCUUCGCUCUGCGCUCCGCUGUGAAUGAACAGCCUGUUUGGCAUUCCUACCAACGUCAGCAGCUGAAGGUGGACCACUCCGAGCUGCCUGCUCCUAUAAAUCGGUGCCGCAGCCCGCUUCCCUGCAGGAACGCUCUCCAAGUUGGAGCAGGAGCAGGAAAACGGAGCGCAUUCUUCAGUCUGCAGAGGAGACGCGCGUUGGAGGUCUAGUCUAAUUCCUGAGGAAAUAAAUCCGGCCAAGAGUCGCUCCAAGCUCCGCCGCCGGACUCGGUCUGUUAGCGCGCCGUUGCAGGUGGAUGCUGGGAAGCGAGCUGCUGACAGAUGUUCCCCCUGGCCCAGUUCGGGGUGCUGUCGGCUCUGGCCGCCGCGCUCACGUCGGUGCUGUCCGCGCUGCUGCUGCUGGUGCUGACCCGGCAGCUGUGGAGUCUCCGCUGGAGCCUGACCCGGGACAAGGACAGCAGCCUGCCGCUGCCGAGGGGCUCCAUGGGCUGGCCGCUGGUCGGAGAGACCUUCCACUGGCUCUUCCAGGGCUCCAACUUCCACAUCUCACGGCGGAAACGUCACGGCAACGUGUUUAAGACCCACCUCCUGGGGAAGCCGCUGGUCCGGGUGACCGGAGCGGAAAACAUCCGCAAGAUCCUGCUGGGGGAGCACAACCUGGUGUGCACCCAGUGGCCCCAGAGCACCCGCAUAAUCCUGGGCCCCAACACCCUGGUCAACUCGGUGGGAGACCUCCACCGGAGGAAGAGAAAGAUCCUGGCCAAGGUGUUCAGCCGGGGGGCGCUGGAGUCCUACCUGCCCCGGGUGCAGGACGUCAUCAAGGCCGAAAUCGGCAAGUGGUGCUCUGAGCCGGGGUCCAUCGACGUCUACGGCGCCGCCAAGUCGCUGACGUUCCGCAUCGCGGUGCGGGUGCUGCUGGGCCUGCGGAUGGAGGAGGAGCGCAUCGUCUACCUGGCCAGGAUCUUCGAGCAGCUCAUGAACAACCUGUUCUCGCUGCCCUUCGACGCGCCGUUCAGCGGCCUGCGCAAGGGCAUAAAGGCCAGAGAGAUCCUCCAUGCCAACAUGGAGAAGAUCAUCGAGGAGAAGAUGGCGCGGCAGCAGGUGGACGACGACUAUCAGGACGCCUUUGACCUCAUGCUGGCGGGCGCCAAGGAGCAAGGCCAGGAGCUCAGCAUGCAGGAGCUCAAGGAAACAGCAGUGGAGCUGAUCUUCGCGGCCCACUCCACCACAGCCAGCGCCUCCACGUCGCUGGUCCUGCAGCUCCUCCGCCACCCGGCGGUGGUGGAGAAGGCCAGAGCCGAGCUGCAGGCUGAAGGUCUCGGCUGGCAGGAGGAGCCGAGCCCCGGCCCGCCUGGCGUAGCUGUGGAAACGCAGCAGGAGGCUGCAGAGACGGAAACCAGCUGCUUGCUGAGCACCAGGAGUGGGCCAGACGGCGGUCCUCCUCAGCCUGGCUCCCAUGUGCCCUACCUGAGCCUGGAAAAGCUGAGCCAGCUGCGCUACAUCGACUGCGUGGUGAAGGAGGUGCUGCGCUGCCUGCCGCCGGUCUCUGGGGGAUACCGCACGGCCCUGCAGACCUUCGAACUAGACGGCUACCAGAUCCCUAAAGGCUGGAGCGUGAUGUACAGCAUCCGGGACACUCAUGAGACGGCGGCGGUGUUCCAGAGCCCGGAGCAGUUUGAUCCGGAGCGCUUUGGGCCGGAGCGGGACGAGAGCCGGCAGUCCCGCUUCAGCUACGUGCCUUUUGGCGGCGGCGUGCGCAGCUGCGUGGGCAAGGAGCUGGCGCAGAUCAUCCUCAAGACUCUGGCCGUGGAGCUGAUGGGGACGUGCAGAUGGACCCUGGCCACGGAGAAGUUCCCCAAAAUGCAAACGGUCCCCAUCGUGCACCCGGUGAACGGGCUGCACGUGCGUUUCUCCUACAGCAAGCCGCUUUAGGUCCACAGCCAAGCCCAGCCAGGCGGUGAAGGGACGUUCUCUGAGCACAGAACCAGAACCUCCGCGGUCAGGCCACCUCUCUCCUCCUCAGACACGAGGCUUCCACUGACAUCCUGCAGAACUUCAUCCUUUAAAUGCUUCUUAAAUUAUUUAUGCAUUUUGCCUGUUUCCUGCAGAAGGUGUGAGUCUGCCCUCUGGUUGGACUAAAAGCACAUAAGCUAAGUUUUCUGUUUGCAGCUUUACAGACACCAUCGCCAUCCUGCUCCCUGUCUGCUGUCUGUAAAUUAGUUCUAAGUUAUUGUACAUAUCAGAAUAAGCCAUUAAAUCCAUAUCUCUGCUGCUUUUAACUGUUCUACUUCGCUGUAGCUUCUUCAUCCAUAACGUCACAAAUUUAAGGUCAGUUCUGUUUUCCGGCGUUCCGCUCUGCAGUUUCUCCUGCUUUGUCUUGUUCGACGUGCCUUUGAGCAGGGCACUUGGAGGCGGCGCACAGGAAAGGCUCCUCUGGAGGGUCAGAUCUGUGCUGGAACAGGAGUCGGUUCCCAUCAGCGCCUCUUUGAGCCUGAAAGGUUCAGGAAGAACUGGACAGUUAUGAGGAACAUUUGGUUUGAUUCCAGACGUUCUGCUGAUGAACGGGAAGCUGCUGCCGCUCUGGGACUCAUUCAGAAUGUCCUCCUUUUGCUUUUUAUAUGAAUGUUUCAUAGAUCUGUUAUUGUGUGUGCAUUAAAUGAAGUAGUGUUCUGAAUAAGCUGUAUUUAAAAGGCAGAUGGUCGUCAUCUGUUGUAGAGACACUAACCUGUAAUGUAAAACCUUAUUUCUCCCUUAGGAACCGUCUUACUUAGCAUCAGCUGAGUUCUAAUUGGUCGGAGGACUGUUAGCCUGGUCGGUGCGCUGUGAAAUGUCAGAUACAGAUGGAUUUAUGGAAGGAGAUAGCACUUUCUCCACUUUAAGGAGUCUGUAUAUACUGUAUUGUCCUGGUUGUUCACUGAAAGUAUCAGAUGUAGCUGCUGUACCGUCGAUUUGAAUUAGAGGAUGCCAAGCAAAGCUG